ACGACAUGGGGAGGAGUUAUUCAUAAAUAAUGCGUUUUGAGGGCUUUUUUAUUCCAGUUCUGUCCUUGCUUAUUUUUGGAAACCCCACUUUGUCAUUGCUUGCAUCAUAUCGAGACAGACUCCCCUUUGGCUUCUUCUUUCUUCUCAUUCUGCUUGCUCCCGUCACUCUCUCCUGGCGAACCGCUCACGAGUGAACAGAGCAAUCGCUGGCGUCAUCGACCUGCUAUUAGCACAAGGAAGCUGCCGGAGUUAGCGGAUCGUCUGCUAGGGUCGGUGAGUGAAUCUUCUUAUCUAUUUCUCGUAUCGUGUUCCUCUCCCUCUCUUGCCAUGUUCCACAAAAGUAUUUUCCGAUUUAGGGUUAGAAAAGGGUUUUAAAUACAAGAUUCAUCUUAUAUCCUAUAUCUAUGGAGUUUGCGUACAUUCAAUCCGAAAACAAAAUAAAAGGGUGUUGUUCUCCUGAUUAUUCUGUUUGGUUCAUUUUUAUGUGUUGUGAUGCGCUCUCCUUCUCGGCUUCGGCCGAGGGUUUUUCUUGGCAACUCGCUUGGUCUGCUGUUAUGGAACCAUUUGUGAUGUCGAUUUAUUGGUUUGUUGUUGUUUCUUGGGGCAUUUAUUGUUCUGUUUUGGAACCACUUACUGUUGUUAUGGAACCAUAUGCUUCCCUUUCAAUUUUGUUUUGGGUGCUUUUCUGCAAUGUUCAUGAAAUGGCUCGGUCUUCUCAAUAUGGUUUUUGGAAACACUAGAUAUUGUUUAAUGCAAACCAUUGGGAAGCUUAGUAAGAUGUUCCAUAAAAGUUACGGAUUUCAUGUAAAUGAUUAAUUCAAAAUUUCCUGUCUUGUAAAGGAUGUCGCGUUUGUCCGCAUUGAAUCCGACGCGUAGGCGACAAGUGGUUGCUGCAAUUAGCGCUUUCAUGAAUCUGAUUGUGAUAUAUGUGAGUCUAGGGAUGUAAUUGGCUAAAAUUUUAGAGAAACGACACUCUAGACCUCGACUUGCUAGGCAACCAUUGGAUAGCUACUUGUUUAGGCACUAUGAUAGGCAAAGGCACCUUAGAAACACAACCAGACUAAGUGACACCUAUACCUUUGACCAAGUUAGGAUGAAUCGUACAUUAUUUAGAAGGUUUUGUGAGGUUCUUAUUGUAGAAGGAGGGUUGAAGAAAACUAGGAACGUAGACAUUGAUGAGAUAAUUUAUACCUUUCUCCGUACCAUUUCACAUAACGAGAAGAAUAGGACUUUGCAAUUGGGUUUGCGACGAUCUGGUGAGACUAUAUCUCGAUCAAUUCAUCGUGUGCUGUAGGAUGUUAUUAGAUUGAACAAUCUGCUCAUGAAGAAGCCGGUUCCUAUUCCUAACAACUGUACCAGCAGUAGGUGGAAGCAUUUUAAGGUCAAAUUUUAUGUUUUUCAAUCUUUUUAUUCAACUUUGCUAUGUUUAACAACACUAUAUUUUAACACCUAUUUGUUUCUGUUAAUAGAAGUGCCUAGGAGCCCUAGAUGGAACCCAUAUUGAUGUUCGUCUGUUGACUGAGGACAAACCUAGAUCUUGAGAUAGGAAGGGUGAAAUCUCUAUGAAUGUUCUAGGUGUUUGCACUCCCAACUUGGAAUUCAUAUACUGUCUUGCUAGUUGGGAGGGUAGUGCUCAUGACAGUAGGGUGCUUCGGGAUGCUCUCACUAGACCAAAUGGCCGUGUUGUGCCUGAAGGUACAACAUUUUGAAUAUAGUUCAAUGGAACUUACAUUUGAUAUUGUUCAAUGAAUAGCAUAACUGAAUCUAUAUAUACUUUUGAAUGAAGGAAAUUACUAUCUGUGUUAUUCCGGGUAUGCGAACAGCCCUGGAUUUUUGACCCCAUAUAGGGGUCAAAGAUACCAUCUCCAAGAUUGGGGUAACAGGCAAAAAACAGUUGAUGAGUAUUCCAACAUGAAACACUCAUAUGCUAGGAAUGUAGUAGAGCGCAUUUUCGGAGUUCUGAAGAUGAGAUUUGCCAUUUUGAGAAAUGCAACAUGGUUCACUCCAGAGCAAGUGUCCCGAAUAGUUAUAGCUUGCUGUAUAAUACAUAAUUUUAUCAAGAUGGAAUAUGGGGUUGAUGAGAUUGAAAGAAAUUACCAGGACGAAGAGCCCGAACAGAUUCCUUCAAUUGAUGUGGAGACCAUUGAUGGUACUAGCAUGAAACCGUGCGCACAAUGGACCCAGUUUCGCAAUGAAAAGGCCACUACUAUGUGGGCAAAUAGAUAGACAUGUUAUGAUUUGUUUUGGUACCUUUUGUAAUUUUCCAUGUUUUGGCAGAGCAAUAGGGUGCUGAACUUUAUGGUUUGUUUGGUAGAUCUGGUAGAAGAAACAUUGAAUGCUACCAAGUUGUCCCUUUUGUCAUUUUAUUAAUAUGUAAUGUAGGACAUAUGUCUCCAAAACAUGGUUUGUAAUGUUGUUUAAAUUGCCAAACUGUUUAUCUUAUGCCAUGUUUAUCUCACUUUUGCGUGCUAUUACUAGUGGAAAUGAGUUACAUGUUUAUAUUCUGCCAUCGAGAAAUGCCAUGUCAUGUAUGAAUGUUUUCAGGUAUGGGGAGGAGAAAGAAAGUUGUUGGGGAAACGAGAGAUGACUCCAAAGCAGAAUACAACUUCUAGGAUACCGCCCAUGAUGGUCCCUUCCUGAAUGUUUGUUGGAGCUGACAGAGAGAGGAUUCAUCACCAAUGGAACUUGCAAGAACGGUGUGUUUAAGUAGAUACAAAAGAUGAUGGAGAAGAAAGUGCCCGAAUGUGGUCUAAAAGCAAAGCCUACGAUUCAGAAUAGGUUUAAGAAGCUGAAACACUGGUUUCAUUCGACCGUCAUGAUGCGUGGGCUAAGAGGAUUUGGUUGGGAUCCGGUGCAAGAAUGUAUAAAUGCAGACAAGGCAGUUUGGGACGUAUUCGUUGCGCAAAACCCAACCUGUAAAAGCUAUAAGAGACUUCCAUCCCUACAAUUCGAUGACCUUGCACCGGUGUUCGCCAAUGGACGUGCCACCGGAAGUGGAGGAAUCUUAGGAAAUGGCCCGGAUAUUAAUGUUGAUGCCUCUGAUAGUGGCUCGGAGGAUGAUGAAGACCAUCCGCUCUUUAUGGAUGGUAUGGUCCCUCCUACAACGGAUGAAGACAUGUUUAAUAUCAUAAAUGAGGGUGUGGCAGAGAAGAAUCAGAACUAGAAGAAGAGACCAGCCAAGACUACCCAUGGUGGAUCAUCAAAGAAGAAGAAAGGUCCAACAGCACCAUCCGAUGAUAAUGGCCCUGAAAUGGCACUAAUGAGGUUGCUGAUCAAGGAGUCAUUUGACACAAUUGCUAGAGCUCUAGGAGAGAGUGAGGAGCAUGAAAAUAUGCGAAAGGAGUUAAUGACAUAUUUGGACAAGCUCGAUGGCCUCACCCAACUACAGAAGGUGCAGGGAUUUAGGAGACUCAAUGCCACACCGUCAUAUUUGAAGAGUUUCUAUGAACUGGACGAAGGAAACAGGCUGACCCUUGUUUUUUAUCUGCUGUCAAAUUGAAGAAAGUUAGGAUAUGUAACUGUAUAGGUUUAUAACAUGUCAUGUGUUGUCUAUUUUGCAAAGAGACCCAUGGUUUUUGUCUAUCUGUCAUCCAGACGCACUCUUGAUGACAGUCUUUGCAAAUGGAAGACAACUUUUGUAGAGUACUUUGGUGAAGUGAUCUGUGCAUAUUAGGAACUUUUGUACAACACUACUGGUUAGGAGCUCUAGCAUAUUAGGAACUUUUGUACAGCACUACUGGUCAUGUCUAGUAUAUUAGGAAUUAUUGUAAAUCACUGAUGGUUGUUUGCAACAUUUGGCAGCAUCUAUGGAGCUGGUAUUUAUGGGUUUUCAACAGAUCUGUUGGUCCUAUUAUUCUGCACAAUUUGGCAGCAAGUAUACUGCUGGUUGUUCUUAAACAUUCAACAACAUUUGACAUAGCUCAUCAGCUCAGUUAACACAACAAAGUUCACUAACAAUAGAACACUAGUAUUACACAAAAGUUACAGAAUAAGCUUACAAACAUACAUCAAUCUCAAUGUUCUAAACAAGCAUGAUUACAGAUUAAAAAAAAACUUCCAGCUACAAUAGUACCACACACAACACACAAUCGUCACUAGUUAAUGGUUAAUCAACUCAUCAAUUUAGUUGUUGAUGUCGAUUUUCUUUUAAUCACUUCAACCUCCAUGACAAGGUUGCAUUCCCCACUAGCCCAAUCAGACUCGUGUCUCGACUCACAAGAACACUGUUGUUUAAGCAGCCUAGUGUUCUCCUCCUUCAGUUCAGCUAGUUGAAGCUCUAACUCGGCUUUCCUUUUCAGGUGCAUCUGCUCUCUAUCUCUCAUGGUGCGAAGAUCGCACCAAUCAAAAAAGUCACAGUAGCGACCAACUUGAAAACCAAACAGCAAAAAAUUCCUUUCCGUGAGCUUGAACUUACAUCGGAAAGCACUUGCAACCUCCAUGUUACCAUAAUCAAAUAUCUGUUGAUGAAGAGCCAUUAAAUCCAGUCGUUAAACUUUGGGUUUUAUAUAUACAUACAAUAAAUAAAAAACAUACCUUCGAUUUAUAAGUCGGACAUGACCAAAAUUAACGAUUUGGAUUUCGUGGAGUACUGGAAGUUCGCAUUAUGGCUUCACUUCCACAUUUGCACAAAACAACUCCAUUCACGAGGCCAGAUUGAGAAGCUUGCAUUAUUUCUAUAUCCUGGCAAUGAAGCAGCAAUGGAGGAGGGAGAAGAUGGUCGGAGCUGGGCAUAGAAGGCGCCUCCAGGUAAGAAUCGCCGAUGAGAAUCACUGGGAGGGAGAGGACUCGACAGCAAAGGGCUCCCCACCUUCUGUUCGUGAGCAGAUAGAGUUGGUAGGGGAUUGGGUAUCUAUUAAAUAUAUAAGGAGGCAUUGUAGUAUUUUUGCAAUUUGUGUUCACAAAUACCACAGAAAAAAUAACCCAUUAUUUGGACCAUCCAAACAACACAAUUUAACUUUCAAUUUUCCCAAAUAACACACAAAUUUCACAUUCAUGAUUUGUGAGUUAUUUCACUUUAUAAAUACCACACAAAAAAUUAACCCAUCCAAACGACCCCUUAAGGAUUUGAACCCCCAUUCAUGAAGAACAAUAAAAAUUCAAAAGUUGU